AUGUUCAUUCUGACCAAAAUAGCCGACCUGGUGGAGAUCGCACCUGACGAUUUCCGAAAGCCCAGCUUCGCGGCCAUCGAGGAUAACAUCAACGCCAAGUAUGCCAAUAAGAUUGUGCAGAAGGUUGGACUCUGCAUUUGCCUCUGGGAUAUUCUCUGGACAUCAGAGGGUCUUAUUGGCCGGGGCACCGUCGAAUUUCGCAUGGUCGUGUUUCGGCCAUUUAAGGGAGAGGUCGUCAUAGCACGCAUCCAUGACCAAACAGUCGAAGGGAUAAAUCUCGCUACAGAUUUCUUCGAAGACAUCUUCAUCCCCGCAAUCGAGCUCCCAGAGGGCUCAGAAUUCGACUCUAGCGAAAACCUCUGGGUCUGGAAGUAUGAGGGACAGGAGUUGUACUUUGAUAACAACGAGAUGGUGCGUUUCAGGGUGAUGGCCGAAGAAUGGCAUGACCAGGCACCGUCAGGGCCGCCCGAAGCAUCCGAGGAAGAAGUCAUUCUCGCCGACUCGAAGCCGCCUUACAGGAUCAUUGGUUCGAUGAAUGGCCCCGGUCUCGGUUGUUAUCUGUGGUGGGAAUGA